UUGUAAUUCAUUGGCCACAUUAGCUGAUGAGCUGAUGCAAUAUUUUUCACACACACCAUAGUACCCACAUUUUUUUUAGAAUUUACAGUUUUGGAAUUCCAAAUUUUACUUUUUUUUUGCCAUUGUUAAACUAUAGUUGUGUAACUAAAUUUGUCAAAAAAUGACUGAAGAGGAAACUUUGUUUGACCCAUCUAUUAAAAAGAAGAAGAAGAAGAAGAAGUUUGAUCUUGAUAGUGCUUUAGCAGCUGAAGGUGGUUCUGAUGGGCAAAAUGAACAAAGCUUAGAUAAGGAAAACCAAGAUCCUGUUCCAGACCCUGAUGAAUUUGAUGAUGGAAAUUUAGAUCUUGAUAACUUUGGCAAAAAAAAGAAAAAGAAAAAAAAGGUUACAAUUAAUUUAGAUGAUUUAGAAAAUGCUUUACCUGAUAGUUCAUCUGCAAUGGAAAAUGGUGAUGGUCAAGGAGAUGCUAUGGAUGAUGAUUUUGAUUUAGAUAUGGACUUUUCAAAAACAAAAAAAAAAAAAAAAAAAAAGAAGGAUAUUGAUGAAUUAGUAGCUGAAGAAACUGAUAAAAAGGGUGAUAAACUUGAUGACAGCUUUCACGAUGGUAAACGGAAUUUGGACAAUGCAACUGAUGGUGAAAGUCACACAUGGUUUGGUUCUGAUCGUGAUUAUACGUAUGAUGAAUUAUUGACCAGAGUAUUUGAAAUAAUGCGAGAAAAAAAUCCAGACAUGGUUGCUGGUAAGAAACAAAAAUUUGUCAUGAGACCACCUCAAGUUGUGCGAAUAGGUACCAAAAAAACAUCAUUUGCUAAUUUUACUGAAAUUUGCAAAACAUUACAUCGUCAACCUAAACAUUUAUUAGAUUUCUUAUUAGCUGAAUUAGGUACUAGUGGUUCAGUUGAUGGUAAUAGUCAACUAAUUAUUAAAGGACGUUUCCAGCAAAAACAAAUUGAAAAUGUGCUCAGGAGAUAUAUUAAAGAAUAUGUUACUUGUCAUACAUGUCGUUCACCUGACACAAUAUUACAAAAAGAUACUCGUCUAUUUUUCUUACAGUGUGAAACAUGUGGUUCACGUUGUUCUGUUGCUAGUAUCAAAUCUGGUUUCCAGGCUGUUACUGGAAAACGUGCAGCGAUCAGAGCGAAAACAGCAUAGUUAUUAUAAAUUGUAUUCACGUUCAUAUUAUAUUAGAUCAGAAAAAUAAAUUUCAAAUUUAUACAGCUAUUAAAAA